CUCCCCGGCAGUACCAUGGCGGAAGCUGAGGAACAGGACACUGGAUCUCUUGAAGAAUCUACAGAUGAGUCUGAGGAAGAAGAGAGUGAAGAAGAACCUAAGCUGAAGUAUGAGAGGCUGUCCAAUGGAGUGACUGAGAUUCUUCAGAAAGAUGCAGCUAGCUGUAUGACAGUCCAUGACAAGUUUUUGGCACUGGGCACACAUUAUGGCAAGGUUUUUUUACUUGACGUCCAGGGAAAUAUCACUCAGAAGUUUGAUGUGAGCCCCGUGAAGAUAAACCAGAUUAGCCUGGAUGAGAGUGGAGAGCACAUGGGCGUGUGUUCUGAGGAUGGCAAGGUGCAGGUUUUUGGAUUAUAUUCUGGAGAAGAAUUUCACGAGACAUUUGACUGUCCCAUUAAAAUCGUUGCUGUGCACCCCCACUUUGUGAGAUCCAGUUGCAAGCAGUUUGUGACCGGAGGGAAGAAGUUGCUGCUGUUUGAACGAUCUUGGAUGAACAGAUGGAAGUCAUCAGUUCUGCAUGAAGGGGAAGGGAACAUCCGGAGUGUGAAGUGGAGAGGCCAUCUGAUUGCUUGGGCCAAUAAUAUGGUGCAGCAGCUGAUGUCCAGGGCGGUGUCUCAGUUUGAAACAGAAUUCUACAUUAGUGGGCUUGCACCUCUCUGUGACCAGCUUGUUGUACUCUCCUAUGUCAAGGAACUUGCAGAAAAAACGGAAAGAGAGUACUGUGCCAGGCCUAGACUGGACAUCAUUCAGCCACUUUCUGAGACCUGUGAGGAGAUCUCGUCUGAUGCUCUGACUGUCAGAGGCUUUCAGGAGAAUGAAUGCAGGGAUUACCAUUUAGUUUACUCUGAAGGAGAAUCACUCUUCUACAUUGUGAGUCCAAGAGACGUCGUAGUGGCCAAAGAACGAGACCAAGAUGAUCAUAUCGACUGGCUUCUUGAAAAGAAGAAAUAUGAAGAAGCCUUGAUGGCAGCUGAAAUUAGCCAAAGGAACAUUAAAAGACAUAAGAUUCUGGAUAUUGGUUUGGCAUAUAUAAAUCACUUGAUAGAGAGAGGAGACUAUGACACAGCAGCACGCAAAUGCCAGAAAAUUCUUGGGAAAAAUGCACCACUCUGGGAAUAUGAAGUUUAUAAAUUUAAAGAAAUUGGACAGCUUAAGGCCAUUAGUCCUUAUUUGCCCAGAGGAGAUCCGGUUCUGAAACCACUCAUCUAUGAAAUGAUCUUACAUGAGUUUUUGGAAAGUGAUUAUGAGGGUUUUGCCACACUCAUCAGAGAAUGGCCUGGAGAUCUGUAUAACAAUUCCGUAAUAGUCCAAGCAGUUCGGGAUCACCUGAAGAAAGACAGUCAGAACAAGACAUUACUUAAAACGCUGGCAGAAUUGUAUACUUAUGAUAAAAACUACGGCAAUGCUCUGGAAAUAUACUUAACAUUAAGACAUAAAGAUGUUUUCCAGUUGAUCCACAAACAUAAUCUUUUCAGUUCUAUCAAGGACAAAAUUGUCUUAUUAAUGGACUUUGAUUCAGAGAAAGCUGUUGACAUGCUUUUGGACAAUGAAGAUAAAAUUUCUAUUAAAAAGGUAGUAGAAGAAUUAGAAGACAGGCCAGAGUUGCAACAUGUAUAUUUGCAUAAGCUCUUCAAGAGAGACCACCAUAAGGGCCAGCGCUACCAUGAAAAACAGAUCAGUCUUUACGCUGAGUAUGACCGACCAAACUUACUUCCGUUUCUGCGAGAUAGUACUCACUGCCCACUGGAAAAGGCUCUGGAGAUCUGUCAACAGAGGAACUUUGUAGAAGAGACGGUUUAUCUUCUGAGCCGGAUGGGUAACAGUCGAAGUGCCCUGAAGAUGAUUAUGGAGGAAUUGCACAACGUUGAUAAAGCUAUUGAAUUUGCCAAGGAGCAAGACGAUGCGGAACUCUGGGAAGAUCUGAUUUUAUAUUCCAUCGACAAACCACCAUUUAUCACUGGCUUGUUAAACAACAUCGGCACACAUGUUGACCCCAUUCUCCUGAUUCACCGCAUUAAGGAAGGGAUGGAGAUCCCCAGUCUGAGAGAUUCUUUGGUUAAAAUUCUGCAAGACUACAAUUUGCAAAUUCUGCUUCGUGAAGGCUGCAAGAAGAUUCUUGUAGCUGACUCUUUGUCAUUGUUGAAGAAAAUGCACCGAACUCAAAUGAAAGGCGUCCUGGUUGAUGAGGAGAAUAUCUGUGAAUCGUGCCUGUCCCCCAUCCUUCCCACAGAUGCGGCCCGGCCUUUCAGCGUGGUGGUCUUCCACUGCCGACACAUGUUCCACAGGGAGUGCCUGCCUGUGCCCACCAUGAACUCUCCAACCCAGCACUGCAGCAUCUGCAGCGCUAAGAACCAUGGGCCAGGUGGCGUGGUUUUGGAGAUGAAGAAGUAGCUGGUGCCCGUGCAUCUUAGCACCACAGACACGUGUUUGCAGCAGGCUGUUCAGAGCCUUAUUCCUGCCCUCUUAGGCUGAGCUCCAAGCAGUUUCUCCAUCUGCUCCUGCCUUUUCCAGGUUCCUCCAGGCUGUUGAAUGAAUUGGGGGUUUUCCCUAGGUCUUGGGUUCAGGGUCAAGAUUUCAACAUUUACUCAUUUUGGCUCGUUACCAUUUAGCAAGCAAACACAUGAGACUUGGAGUUAGAUAUAAAUAUUGCAGGCAUUGUAAAUCCUUCUAAAUGAAGUGGUCUGCUGAGACUUGUGUCACCCACCACAGGUACCUAGCAAGCUCCUCCACAGCUCACACCUUGUUUCCCUAUGCUCUGCCAACAUCAGUUCUGGCAUUCUGGCCUGGCUCUUUUAUCUCAUGAUCUGUGGUUAUCUUCCUGAUAGGCUUUUAAUGAAACACUGCAAAUUGUCCCCAUCCGGUGACUUGUGGGAACAACGAGCAGGCUGAUGUCUGCAACCUGCUGUAUACUGAUCCUGUGUGCUGUAUGUUCUGACUAGUCAGUGUCUGGCCCUCCCCAGUUCUCUGUGUUUGUUGUUUGAAUAAAUGUUUGCUCUUCUCAUUG